UGAGAUUAAGAGCCUAUCAACGCACGACCUACACAUGCACAUAAGCUGCAGGAGCCACCCGAGAUCGUCACACCAUCACGCUUUUCGUGCUGCACUCGCUCCUGACUUCAUUUUCUUCCGUUUCUGCACAACAAAAAACAUUAUUUUUCCUUCCACCAACAUCUCGCACGUCCCUGCCUCGCUCUUUACUCAAAAUGCGACUGCCCUCAAUCCUCGCCCUCCCAGCGCUCGCACUUGCCACCUCCCAGAAUACAACAGCUCAAGAGAUCAUCAAGCAUCUCAGUCUCCAACCCAAUGUCGAGAAAGGCUACUUCCGUGAAACCUUCCGCGACGCUCGUACUGUAGACGACAACCGCUCAAUCUCAACCGCGAUUUACUACCUCCUCGCGGGCUCCGUUGAGUUUUCGUAUUGGCAUAGGGUGGACGCUGUGGAAGUCUGGCAUUUUUACGCGGGUGCACCCCUGACACUCGAAAUGUCUUGGGAUAACGGGACUGCGACGAAGCGACUGCUGCUCGGUGGAGAUGUCCUCGAUGGACAAGAGCCGCAGGGUGUAGUCCCGGCGUAUCGCUGGCAGAGGGCGAGGAGCGAGGGUGGAUGGACAUUGUUGGGUACGACGGUAGCGCCUGGGUUCGUACCGGAUGGAUUCGAGAUGAGGGAGGAUUGGAUGCCUAUUGACGGAUGCUAAGAUGAGUAAUGUAGCGUAGACGAGGACCAAGAUGGGCAAGAGACUCCAUCGAUUUGUGGUUAUGGUGUGAUUGCUAUGUGGUGUGCACUACCUUAGUAUGCAUACUUACACCGAAGUCGGAACACUUCCUCUUGAUCCACAGCUCAACCUCGCCUUGCACUUUAUAGUACAUACACAAGUGGAUCGAGCGCAAGAUAGAACACCAUUGAAUCGUCACAACCCUCCACGAGCAAUCCAGACCGAAGAAGUACACUGAUGUACCGCAAACGCCGUAAAUACUGUC